AUAUAGAACUUAUUAAACUUAUAAAGCUGGGCUGUCACUGGUUUUCAUAUGAUUUUUUUGUUGCCCGGAUGUAAACAGUUUUGAGUCAACCGAGAAAGUGUUUCUGCCCAACUGGGCCCGCUCCAAGUAUAAUUCGGGCCGUGGGAAUAGUUGGGGCGUAAUAUUUCAUAACGUUGUGCCGGUGACACUUAAACUUCUAAUUCACGUGCGUUGCUGAUGCCAGAUGUAACUUCUCUGCCAAGUGUAGUCACCGGCUAGCGGCUUGCCGUUACAUUUAUCUUGGACUUGGUAGCUUUUUAUACAUGUAUGUACCAUACAUGAGUAAAUAAGCCAUAGAAGAACCACAUUGCUCGCUGCUCUCUACACGUCGGCCGUCGUCAUCAUGGCUAGGACUUACUAUACUCUGCCCUGGGUACGCUUCACCAACUUUGCCCGGUUGCUGGUGUUCCUCGAUGGAUGUGCAUCAGCAGCCCUGUGGCUGACGGGUGGUCAUGAUCAGUAUCUGGAAUCAAGUGUCUUGAAGUGGACUAUCACAGGAUCUGUAUUUGAACUUGCAUGCAUCGGCAUUGUAAAGAUGUCACUGCUGUUCUAUGCAUUCACGAAACUUGAAGACCUGGCAUUGGCGAUGCUGGAGGAUCCGUACAUGCCCGGAAUAAUGGUCAAGAAACGCAAUCUUCAUAUAUCGACUGUUGCCUUGUCUUUGGCCUGCUUAGCGUAUGCAUCCGUCAAGGGAGGCUUGGUGUUAAAUGCGCUCUUGAACGACCCCGACUACGCGCCCAUGCACAUCACUUACAAUGCGCUGGUGAUCAGCGCCGCCGCAUUCUCUCUGGUGGAAUUCCUGACAGCUGUUCUGGGCCCCAUGUUUCUACGCCGGCUGCAGGUCAUUCGCAUCAAGCACGAAAUCCCUGACGAUAGCGAGAAGAAAGAGGAGGAACCAAAGGCAAAUCUCAGACGGUUGUUUGGCUUGGCUAAACCGGAAUGGCUCCUUAUUCUGAUUGGCAUGCUGAGUCUGAUUGUCUCCAGUGGGGCUGCCAUGGCAGCGCCUCUGUUCUUUGGCUUUGUUAUUGAUGCUGCUACUCACAAGUCUAUGGCUGCUGUCAACCAUACCGUGCUGAUGUUGUUUUUCAUCUUUGUCGGGGGGUCGAUUGCUUCCCUGCUCCGUUCUUGGUCCUUUACCCUGGCCGGAUAUCGCGUCGUGUGUCGCAUCCGCCGAGAUCUGUUUGCUUCCAUCAUCCGACAGGAGGUGGCCUUCUUUGACACCAACAGGACUGGGGAACUAACCAACCGUUUGUCGUCAGACACGGCAGUCCUGCAAAAUGCUGUCACGGUGAAUGUUUCGAUGUUGGUGCGAUACUUGGUCCAAAUAUUGGGUUCUAUUGUCAUCAUGUUCACUCAGAGCGCCGCUUUGACCGGUGUUCUGCUGUCUGUUGUGCCCGUCGUCGCCAUUGGAGCUGUCCAGUAUGGAAACUUUAUGAAGAAUAUACAGAAGAACUUCCAAGAUGCUUUGGGAAGUGCAGGCACUGUCGCCGAAGAGUCAAUCUCCAGCAUACGCACCGUGCGCUCGUUCAGCGGCGAGAAAAAAUCACAGGUGUCUUACGACAAAGAGAUUGCACUGAGUUACAAGCAUGGAAAGUCUCUGGCCACAGGUUAUGGGAUCUUCAAUGGGUUGGUUGGCAUCAUUUCACAGGGAGCUAUAGCCCUUGUACUUUGGUAUGGUGGCAAGCUUGUUCAUCUGAAUGUGACAUCACAAGGCACACAAGGCAUCUCUGUUGGUAUUCUAACAGCAUUCAUGCUGUACACGCUCAACGUUGCCAUGGCGUUUGCUUUCUUGGCCUCCCUGUACGGUGAUUUCAUGAAGGCGGUGGGUGCAUCCAUUCGCAUCUUUGAUCUCAUGGACCGCCAGCCGCAAGUCAACAACGAAGGGGGCCAGCGGCUGAUGGAAUUCAUCGGAGAGCUAGAGUUCAAUGAUGUUCAUUUCAGGUAUCCUUCUAGGCCCGACAAUGAGGUACUCAAGGGCGUGUCUUUCUCGAUGAAGCCAGGCCAGGUCAUUGCACUGGUUGGACCCUCGGGCGGGGGCAAGUCCACCAUAGUCAACCUGAUCGAGAGAUUCUAUGAGCCUGGUGCAGGAUCCAUCAAACUUGACGGUGUUGAUUUGUCUGAGCUUGAUCCAACGUGGUUCCGGCGCAAGAUAUCUAUGGUCAGUCAGGAGCCGUCCUUGUUUGCCUGUUCCAUCAAGGAGAAUAUCGCCUACGGCAAGAAUGCAAUGGAUGAGGAGAUUGAGCAAGCCGCGAAGAUGGCCAAUGCCCACGACUUCAUCUCAUCCUUUGAGGAAGGUUAUGAGACCCUGGUAGGGGAGAGAGGGGUGCGUCUAUCUGGAGCCAAUCACAACACAAUGAGCGAAUGGUCCCAGAAUGCUGUUUACACACAGAGCUUGGGCUUUGAGCCCAUUCACACUAGAUCAUUCACUGCUACCAGUGCCUUGGAUGCUGAGAGCGAACAUCUCGUACAGGAAGCUAUUGAUAGAGCCAUGGUUGGACGGACAGUGCUUAUAAUAGCACAUCGACUGUCCACGGUCAGGAACGCAUCUCAGGUUUUGGUGAUCAGCCACGGCCGAAUAGCUGAGAAGGGGACUCACGAUGAGCUGGUCAACAAGGAGGGCAUCUACAAGAAACUGGUACUCCGCCAGCUGAGCGCGGCCGGGGGAGCCAUCAAUUCCAUCCCUGACGACCUGAUCAUUGAUGACGAGACCGGUGAUGUUAUCGAGCUGGCUAAUGGACUGGAUUAAGAAUUCAAACCUCAGGUACUUGGAGGCAGUGGUCUUGCCUAGAGCUGGAGAUUUUUUUAUGUUUAGCUGAAAUUAAUUUCUGCCAAAGUAUUUCCAAAGGCAUUUGGUGUCACUUUUGAUCCUUGUAUUGUCUUUCUUUAUAAAUUUACACACAAUUCUUUGGUUUGAAAUAUCAGGUUUGCUACAGAAGCCAAAAUUUUCUCAAGCUUGAAAUACACACAACUGAGUACUGUAAAAGUAAGAGAACUUGUUCAAAUAUACUCGCGAGAAACUCGCUUACCAAUUUGCACUCCUUCUCUUGUUGGAGGUCAGGUUUUGUACAUUCAUGCACAUACUCAUCUCUGUGAACUCGAGUACACCCAAGAAUCAUACUAUUACUCGCAUUACACUCAUCAUACUCAUUGAUACCUAAGCCUUGAUAAUGAUUUGGCCAUUAUCGAGUAACUAUUCGAGUAAUACUUAAGAACAACUGAAUUGUACUGGUACCUGAGUAAAGUGCUACGUGCCUGUACUCGUCGGAUUGUACUCAAGGGAUCUGUCAUUUAAUGAGUUCACUCAAGGUUCUGUCACUCCAACAACGAGUACCUUGGUCCAUACCUUUAUCUAUACUGUGUUUUAACUGUUUUGAUUUGUCACCGGCUUGCAUCAUUUACCAAGCCAGUACUCUCAUUAUCAAAAAAAAUUUGUGUGUAACUAUUUAUGUAUCAAGAGAUUAUGGAAUUGAAAUCAAUAGAAUCAUCCAUGAAAUUAAUUUUCAAUUAAAUUGAAAAGAUAUUGAUAGAUAUUGAUAAAGUUUUCUAUGGCAAGUACAAGGUGUACAGAAAAAGAAUUUCAUUUAAAAUUUAUAAAAUAUAGGCAAUUCACGUUAUAGUGUGUCACCAACAGGUUGCUAUGGAAAGGUCAUUUUUCACAGUGCAUUGUGGGAAAUGCUCGACAAAUCUAUUCAUCGGCUGUGGGUAGGAAACUUGAAUUAUUUCCAAUGCUUUUCAAGUUGCAUUUCUAUUAAAGCUUGUUUUCUUUCCAUUGCAUGGAAUGUCCCAAUCUAUCAAUAAUUUCCCCAAGUUGUCUACCGACAUUCACUCAAAUGCAAAUGGUAGCAAGGUGGUCAUGCUCUUGUUGACUGUAAACUUGAAAAAAUUGCCACUCUAGGGUUUAUCUGUUUAUUUCCGGGCAAACUACAAAGACUACAGAUUAAAAUGACACUGCAUAUAGACAGAAAUCAAGUCUUGCCCAAAAGCGAAAUAAAUCACUAUACGAAGGGCUGUCCUCACAAAGAAGGAGUUUUCUGAUGGUGGUGCUCUGUAUUGUGAAUUGCCCAUAUUUGAUUCGAAAACACAUUUUGACCUCAUAGUUAUUUUAUAAUUUUAAAGUUAUUUUAUAUAAAAGAAGAAUGUUUAUAUUCCUUUCGUUUGUAGUAUAUGCUUAAAAGUAAUCCAACACAAGAUGUGAAGUUAUGUAUUGAUUCAGCGUCAAAUUUGUAGCUUGAUUUAAACUUAGAAUAGUUUGAAGCAAACAUUGAUUAAGGUUUUUAAUUUGUAUUUUUGUUUUAUUCAUGCAUUAUUUUAAUUGUCAACAUAUGCAAGAGUGGUUCAUUUUUUUAUUAUUUUUAGCUUAAUACUGUAAUGCCAAUGAAUUGAUUGCCGUUGAUUUGGUAAAAGCUGCACAGGGUUGCCAUAUGAAGUUCAAUGGCUCGAGGUUUAAAGGUCAAUCGUUGAAAGGAAAAGUUCAAUCUCUUGAUAGGAAUUUGGAGGGUCAUAGACCUUCACUUUAUGUAUGCCGACAGUCCAUAGAAAUGCUCCGUUUUUCGUGUUCUGGUUCUUGGUUCUGUAAUGUGGUUCUGCGAUGGGCUGCAGUAAUCAGGUAAUACCGCCUGACCAACAUCAGCAGAUACUGUAAUCUGAAAUUAAGGGUCCAUAUUUUUCUUGUCCCUGCCACAUCUCACAUAUGAUUUUGUAAGUUCAGAACACAUUUUCUAAUUUCU